AUGUUAAAAACAAAGAUUUUAUCCAGUAUUCUAAGGAGUACUAAUUAUUCAAAGCAACUAUUUCGCAAUAAUUACACUCAAGAAGCAGCACCCCUACCCAUCAAAAUUGAAAAGACGAUAAAUAAAGUCACACUUUUGGGACGAGUUGGUGGGGAUCCGCAAAAACGAGGCACAGAAGAACAUCCAGUUGUUGUAUUUUCAUUGGCUACACACCAAAAUUAUAUCAACAAUAAUGAAGAAAACACACAAAAGACUGACUGGCACCGUAUUGUUGUAUUUAGGCCUGGAUUGCGUGACACUGUGUACAAUUAUCUACAAAAAGGACAACGUAUACACAUUAGCGGGAGAUUAAUCUAUGGAGAAUUAAAAGAUGAAUCUGGUACUUCUCGAACAACUACAUCUAUUGCUGCUGAUGAUAUCAUAUUUUUUAAUUCAAAAAAUUGA